AUGGCUGCCAAUAUGGAAAUAUGUACUACAUAUCAAACGGCCUUCAACAAGCUUAAUAAAAUAAGCAUUGAGCAUUAUCUUAGUGUGUGGAAAUAUGUUCAAACACAUAUUACAAAUAAAAAAGAUAUUGAUAAUUGGAUAAAUUCUGAAACUCAACCAGAAACUGAACUUGAUGAAAAUAUUGAACCUAUAAAAGAAUAUAUCAAAAUUGAUAAAAAGCUAGAAAAAAAAAUUGCAG